GAAAAGGAUGUUGUAGAAUGUAAUGAUCAUAAAUGACCCACAACCAAAAGCAAGACAUGAUUUUCUUGCCUGACACGAUCCUCUAUGCUCCACCUUAAGUAAAAAAACAUUAAUUCAUAAAACUAACCCAUCCUCUUCUCUCUCUCUAUUUGGAGUAUGAAUAUAUAAUUUGUCGAUGAGGAGGACACUGCUUCACCCUAUCCCUUCCCAAACAAAUCAUUACGUCUUGACGGAAAAGAUGAGCGGAAGCACCAUCGGCGGUGGAAGUCCGUGCGGCGCAUGCAAGUUUCUACGGCGGAAAUGCGUGGCUGAAUGCGUCUUCGCUCCCUACUUUGACUCGGAGGAAGGGACGGCUCAUUUCGCGGCGGUGCACAAGGUUUUUGGAGCCAGCAAUGCCUCCAAGCUCCUCUUGAUGAUUCCGGCCAGCCGGAGACUUGACGCCGUCGUCACGCUUUCUUACGAGGCUUUGGCUAGGCUUCGCGACCCUGUCUACGGAUGCGUUGGUCACAUCCUCGCCCUUCAACGCCAGGUGAUGGAUCUACAGGCGGAGCUAGCCACCGUUCAAACUCAUCUCUCAACUUUUCAGCGCCUUCCUCCGCCGAACCCUCCAAACAAUUCACCGACAGAAGUAGCCUCUUCAUCUAGUGCACCACUCGUUGCCUCUGUCGAUUAUAACAACAACCACAACGUGUCUUCUUCUCAACAACAACUGCCAAAAGAAGAUAUUGAGGUCUCAAAAGAGUCAGUGGAUUUUAGCACAUUGUUGGGCCUGGAAGAUCCAUUGGACGAAGACGGUGAUCUUAACACGCUUGCCCGUCAGUUCUUCUCCAAGUAUUUGACCGGAGCCAAAUUCCGACCAUCUUCUCCGAUCUAACUGCAGACCUUUCUUUAGCUACUAACCGGACUGCCGAGUAACUAUCAUCAUUUUUAUAAAAAAAAAUUGUGUUAAUAUGUUCUAUCGGUUUUGCAGCCACUCUCACAUCACUCACGCAAGACGUCGAUAUGACACACAUUUUUUUCUAAAAAAAAGAAAAACUUAUUAUGUGUCGGAUUAUAAAAUUUUGUAAUUCAGAGUGCCAAGUCCAAAUUUAGGUGAGCGAGGCCCGAAAUAUUAAGGCCCAACCCAUUUCCAUAAGGGCUAUAGAGAAUGAAUGACAUCGUGAUUCUUGCAUCCUUCAUCUUUUACCUAUUGCAGUGGGACUAAAUUGUGAGCAGAGUUCACAAUUUCACAUUAUACUAUUCUUUCUCUCUAUGGAGUGAAUUUUUCUUGGG